GAGGGCGGGACAUGGUGGAGCGGGGGCGGGGCGACAAACGCCCCCUCGGAUACUGUAAUAUUCAAUUAGCUCCGAGAGACGAGGCGGGCAGGCAUCUGCGCGGAGACAAGUUGAAGGCAACAAGGCGCCGUUAGUUCAUUCCCACGCAGCAGGCUCCACCGGCCCUCUUCCCACCGUCUGGAGAGCGCAGUUGGUUCAGUUUCCUUCGGCCCCGUACCUCAACUUUUCACGGCAACAACGCCAUGGAGCCGCUGUGGACGGACACCGGCGCGCCGCUACGGCAUGCAAAUACGUACUGUGACGUCGGCGAUCAUGUGGCUUUUGGCGUAGAUCCUCCUUGUGAUCGCCAAUGUUCUCCUUCCUGUCGCCUGUUGUCUGCUCGGUCGCCGGACCGCCGCCAGGGUGUUUGAGAGCGGUCGGUCUCUUUUCUCGCUGCAGCGGUCGCUUUUGGGAGUGUAUCGCGUCACCUGAGCAUCGCGCCAAAACGGUGGGCAGGUAGCCUUCUGUCAUGAAGUUCCAGGAGGUCAGACAUCUUUGGAGCUGACACUCGGCAGGCUCAGCAUAGACGGCACCACAACAGUAACUUCUCCACCAGAGCUCCACCCUUUACUGUCCUCCUCUCUCAUCUUCCUCCCUGGGAAAGCUGUUGUUUAGACUGCUUGGCUGCUCCCUCCCACCCCAGGAACGGUCCUGUGCUCACGUCCUCUCCUACUAUAAAAGAGCCCAAGGAUAAGCCAGGCCUCCGGGCUAUUAGCUGAUUUUCCAGCACCAACUCCGCGAUAGCAGUCCUGCAAUUCCGCACCCUGGGCCCCUCAGCCUUCCUAACAUCACCUCUGACUGAGCUCAGCCACUAACUGAGGGCGGCUGUUCGCCCAGACAAAGCCCGGCACCCAUCAUCAUGUCCAGUCGACGGAAAGCCUCCACUCCCUUGAUGAUCCGACCAGAGCGGACCAUGGUGGAGCUGGAUGACGACACGGAGGAGGACAUGGAGACAAAAACUGAGAACCAUGCCGAGGAGGAGCCUAUGGAAGCAGAUCUGUCAACAGAGACCGAGUUAGACCUGGGGGGCACGACCUUGGAUCCUCCCACGGGUCCAGACGAACCAGCAACAGAGCCCCCAGACCUUUCCAAGCCUCCGCGUCGACAGCAGGGGGGCUACGAGUGUAAAUACUGCCCCUUCUCCACACAGAACCUCAACACUUUUAAAGAACACGUGGACGCCAACCACCCCAACGUCAUCCUCAACCCGCUGUACCUGUGUGCUGUCUGUAACUUCAACACAAAGAAGUUUGACACGCUGACAGAACACAACGAGAGGUGUCACCCAGGGGAGAGCAACUUCAAAUUCAAACGCAUCAAAAUGAAUAAUCAGACCAUCCUAGAGCAGACGAUAGAGGGCUGCAGUAACAACGUGUUCGUCUACAACACGCCGAGUGCCGUUUGUGGCAAAGGGGACGAACUAGGCCCUCUGCCGCCCAGCAAACCCACCACAGUCAAGGUCGGUAAACCAAAAAUAAUGUCGGCGGAAAAUAAACGGACGGAUUUGGGCAAGAAGCCAAUCACAGCGGUCAAUGUGAACGGAACGGUCAUCAUCCCUGAGUCGAGUCUACUCAAAGCAGAAGGCCUCUCUCACAUCAUGCCUUCCCUACAGCGCCCUGUAAACUACACCCAGGUGCCCAAGAUUGCAGUGCCCCUCAACACAACCAAAUACAACCCCACGCUCGACGACAACCUGACCCUCAUCUCGUCCUUCAACAAGUUCCCCUACCCAACGCAGGCCGAGCUCUCCUGGCUCACUGCAGCCUCAAAACACCCGGAGGAGCAAAUCAAAGUGUGGUUUACCACGCAGAGGCUCAAACAGGGCAUUAGCUGGUCACCUGAGGAGGUGGAAGAAGCCAGGAAGAAAAUGUUCAACGGAACAAUCUCCUCUGUGCCUCAGACCUUCACCGUGGUAUCUCCUCAGCUCAACCACCAAUCCGCCAACUCGUUUGCCCCCGCUGCAUCCUCCAAAGCCAUGCAGUCUGCGGCCUCCGUCUUGCAGUCCCUCCCCUGUCACCUGCUGGGACAGACCAGCCUGGUGCUGACUCCCGUAGCCAACGGCUCAGCGGUCACCUGUGCACCGCUGGCCCUCACCGUGGCCAACCAGGUGGCGCAGUCGCUUAAACGCCCCCUGACGUCCCCGGCGAUCGCCACGGAGAGUAAACGACCGUCCAUCAUCCAAACCAUAUCGGCGCCCAUGGCCACGUCCAAGCUGGCCUCAGCCAAAGUGCUGAGUUUCACAGUUGACCGCAACAAAACAGCAGAGCAGUUAUCCGUGCUGAGGUCCAGCUACACACAGUGUCCUUUCCCUGAGGAAGAUGAGAUCUACAGGCUGAUCGAGACCACAGGGCUGUCCAGAGGAGAGAUAAAGAAGUGGUUCAGUGAACAGAGGCUACUUAAUCUGAAAGGUGUUCCUCCACCUCCAGUGCUGGUGAAAGCAGAGGUGACACCAGCACCAAAAGACGCCCCCAUAAAGAAAGCGGUCCCCAACCAGUUUCCCCUGCUGGAGAGGGUGAAGGGCAAGUCAUCCGAGCAGCUGAAGGCGCUGGAGGAGAGUUUCCAGAGAAGCGGCACUCCAACAGAGGUGGAGCUAGACCUGCUGGCCCAGGAGACCAGGCUGUCUAAGACUGAGGUGGACUGCUGGUUCUCAGAGCGCCGAGCCCUCAGGGACAACAUGGAGAAGGCUUUACUCGCCAUGUCUUCAAAGAGCAAAGAGGACAGAGCAGACCGGCCCGGAGCGCUGCUGAACGGGGCUUCACAUCGAGAGCACGGCGGGAAGCCUCUCCGCUCCCCCUCUUACCCACCUGCCCUCUCCUCCUCCUCUUCCUCCUCCUCCUCUCCUCCUGUGCUCGCAGCCUCCUCCCCUCAUCCUCCAACCCUCUCCUCUUCGGCAUCCCCUCCCAUCCUCACUUCAUCCUCCUCAUCCUCGUCUCCCCAUCCUCCCAUCCUGUCGGCCUCCACCAGCCCGGCGCCCAUUACCAGCCGCUCCCUUGAUCUGCUCAGAGAGAUGUUCUGUCGGACUCGGUGGCCUUCUCCUGAGGAGUACAGCCAGCUGGAGGUCCAAACUAGACUUGGACGCACAGACAUUGUUCGCUGGUUCAAGGACCACCGCUCGGCUCUGAAGAACGGGGAAACUCUCGACUGGAUGGAAAGACCAAACAUUGUAGUGCAGCACAGAGCGGGCCACGAACAGAACGGCAAGAGUUCUGACAAAAAACAGAGUGUUUCCUUGGAAGUCAAGACUGUGAAAGUGGAGGCCGGGGAGAACACAGCAGCUGCUGCAGAUCCCUCCAAGCUGUCUGACCAAGACAAAGUCCAGUGGCUGACUGGCAGAUUAGCCCACAGUGUGACAGACCUGAGCCGAACCAGACCGGACCAAACCAGCUCCGGCACUGCUGACAAAGAGAGGUGGCUACAGGUGACUGUGGCAGUGGGAGAAGAGGGAGAAGCAGGAGGGGAAAGACCGACACUGGCAACAGACAGUGAAGUUCUUUCCUUGGAGCAACCUGGACGGGUCACUGGUUGAUGGUCGAGUGAAUCAUUGACUGCUGAGUCACGGACCAUCAUGCACCGACUUAAGAUGACUGAAUGUGGAACCAGCAAUGUAACUGUCUGUGAUGUCAUCACAAAGCGCCAGGACUGAUGUGUGGUGCAGAUGCUGACAUUAAGAGGAGUGCCAAAGCUGGACUUGAUGCAUUGUUCUUACUACUUAUCUUUUUCUCUUUUUAUGAGACAACCACCCUUGUAAAUAUUUUUCUGUAUUACUAAAAGGUCUGUACAGUUUUCCUUAAAGGGCAUGUUUUGUUACAUUUGUGGAGGGGAAACAAAUCAUGACUGGUGCCCCAAAGCUUUUUUGCUUUUAAGAUCAAAGUGUAUAAUAGUCUUAUUUGCUGAAAAAUAGUCUUUUUAAAAAAUAAAAUCAUACUUGCGCAGUACUCAUUACGAGUAGUCUUUGAUAGCACUUGUGUAUCCUUGUGGUAGUGGUAGAUAUGUACAUACUGGGACACUUCUCAAGCUGACCACUUUUCCCGUUCUCCUGCAGCGUCACCAAGAUUCACACUCAUAGAAUGACGCUGACACAGGUAGAAAUCACUCAGAAGUGCUCCCAUGUUGUGGGCAUUUGGGUCACACAACGUGAUGUAGAAAAUGAUUGAUCACGUAGAUAUGAGGGUGUCCGUUUGAUCGCACCAAUGCUGCCUUUUCUGCUCUCUUGUAGGACAUUUUCCGUCAGUCUCAGAACCGGUACAGUACAGACUCAUGGAGAGGGUUUCAGUUUUAUCACUUUGUUUUAAAAAAAAAAAAAAAAAAAACGUAACCUGCCAAGAAGCUUUUGGCGAACGUGUUUCACGCAUGAUAAAAUAACUGAAGCUCCUGUGAACACAUCCUUGGCUUCUCUCUAGUAUUUCUUGCUUCCAAGUAUUUCAAGGCCAUUCUUUUCAAAGCUGGGUUGGAUUUAGUGGAUUUCUGUACAGCUGGUUUAGAAGACAGAAUGGUGGUUCAUGAAUAUCCGGAGCAUUGCUCUUGUGCUCACUUUUCUCGCAUAGGAAAAUCAAAACUGUCAUGAACUUCUUGCAUGCGCUUAACAAUUUUUGUUUUUAAAAAACAUCCAGAAAUGUACUAAAAGGGAAAUGUGAUUCAUGGGUCAAACGGCUACAGCUUGCAAUAUUUGUGCAGCAAAAAAAAAAAAGUUGAACCCUUGUUUAAACA